AGUAGAGACGGGGUUUCAGCGUGUUAGCCAGGAUGGUCUCAAUCUCCUGACCUUGUGAUCCGCCCGUCUCGGCCUCCCAAAGUGCUGGGAUUACAGGCUUGAGCCACCGCGCCCGGCCGACCUCACAGGUUCUUGCAGGGAGUGGAGACACACAGGACCCAGCUCCCCCGGAGCCUGCAAGACUUGGGCCACCAGAAUCCCAGUAGGUCCCUGGAACCAUUGUCCUCCACUAAGUCUGCAGAGCUGUGAAAUGCAGACAAUAACCCUUCCCUGCCUGAAGGAGCACUUUUCUGGGGAGCCCAUGGGAGGCAGGAGCAAAAGCAUCUGUCAAACAAGUAGAUACCCAGAGAGUCACAUGAAAUCAUUUCUGUGCCUUUGAUAGAUGCUUCUUGAACAAAGUGUCUGCCCUGAGCCCGCCUGACCCCUCAGGCUGGGCUCAGUGCCCUACCUUGUCGUCCCACCAGCCUCCUCCCUCCAUCAGGCUCCUUUCCACAUCUGCUUGUUCCCCUGUUGUCCCUCAGUUUGUCCACCCUCUUCCAAUUUCCCCCUCCCCAAACCCAUGACUGGUCAGUGGCCCCCAGCCUAGGCUCCCGCCUCCACGCAGGUCUUGGCCCCUCAGCUGACCUCCCUCCAACCUCCCCCUCUGCUCUUACUUUUGAGUAGGUAGUGACUGUAAAAGUAUCCCUGGGCUUCUAGGUCAAAAGGUCAGACUGAACACCUGUAUCUCAGUGCGCUCAGAAAUCCACUGAAACCACAGAGGGGAGUAUUUAAAACACACAAACCCACAAGUAUGAGGAUGGUGAAAGAGGAGUCAGGAGCAAGGGCAUGCCUAAGCUAGACAUGGAUGAGAGCUGUCACUACAUUAGGGAAGGCCAAAUACUGCGUGGCGACUUGGGGAAGUGGAGAGAGUUCCCACAGGCUGACUCCAGAACUGCAGAAGGCUGAGAACCAGCAGCCCAGAGACGGGAGACCUAUAACAAAGCUGCCUGGGGAACAGCUAUUGAGAAGCCCUUAACGCCCCACUGCUCUCCCCACCUGGUGGAGGGUGAAAGUUUUUUUGUUUUCUGAGACUCCGCAUAGUCCCAGAGAAAAGACCUAAGCACCUCAUCCCCAAAAAUCAACCUGAGGCGGCCUCUGGAAAGCUCCGAGUUGACAGGUCUGACCCACGCACAUGCUCAGUGCUUCCAGUCAGCGAUUAAGGCCAUUGCUUUUCAUCCGGAGCAGGCAGCAGGGAUUCCCAGGUAUCCAAAGAAACCAAAACAGGCGGUGUAAUUUAGGACUGAAUAAUUCGUGGCUCGGCCACUAAAGUGUGGAAGCAAAACUGACCCCACAGAUACAGAAAACACUGCUUAUUGGGAGACGCUAGUGUCACCCUGUCUAGUUCUGCUCCCCAAAUUAAAGGUAAACAGUUGAGCACGUCCCAUCAGCCUGGAGGGAAACUUCCGCCCCCGACUUUGUUGGACUGACAUCUGAAGACGUCAGAGACUGCGGUCACAACCGUUGGUACCUCCUCAGGGCGCUUAACAGGUCAAAGAAGGCCCUCGCACCCUCCCGCCGGGAGAAAGCCCAGGCUCAGGGUGGUCUUCCACCGCCUCUCCCGGGACCACUUGGAAGCAAGCGCCAGCGAGCUACUCGACCCUGGAAACCACUGGGCCACUUCCAGCCUCUUCGGAAGUCGAGGCAACGCGCCUGAAGGCCCAUCUUGACGAUUCCAAGACCACCCCCUUGAGCAAAAAUGCCAUCCCCUCUGGGUCCCCCAUGCCUGCCCCUCAUGGACCCAGAGACUGCCCUCGAGGAGCCUGAGACUGCCCGCCUCCGCUUCCGAGGGUUCUGCUACCAGGAGGUGGCAGGUCCCCGAGAAGCCCUGGCCCGGCUGCGUGAGCUGUGUCGCCAGUGGCUGCAGCCUGAGGCACACUCCAAGGAGCAGAUGCUGGAGAUGCUGGUGCUGGAGCAGUUCCUGGGCACGCUGCCUCCCGAGAUCCAGGCCUGGGUGCGCGGUCAGCGGCCAGGCAGUCCUGACGAGGCCGCUGCCCUAGUCGAAGGACUACAGCAUGACCCUGGGCAACUGUUGGGCUGGAUCACAGCCCACAUCCUGAAGCAGGAGGUGCUCCCUGCAGCCCAGAAGACAGAGGAACCAUUGGGGAGCCCCCACCCCUCAGGGACAGUGGAGUCCCCUGGGGAGGGUCCCCAGGACACCAGAAUAGAGGAGUCUGUCCAGCUCAGCUGCAGUGUGAAGGAGGAGCCCAAUGUCGACGGACAGGAAAUGGCACCCUCCAGCCCUCCACUUGCAGUGCAGUCCCCUGAGGGGCACCAUGGACGCCAAGAAGCAGCCUCCACAUCCUUCCACCCUCCCAGGAUUCAGGAGGAGUGGGGGCUGCUGGACCGGUCACAGAAGGAACUGUACUGGGAUACGAUGCUGGAGAAGUACGGCACGGUGGUCUCCCUGGGGUUACCGCCCCACCAGCCAGAGGCACAGGCCCAGUCAGAGCUGGGGAUGAUGCUCAUGGGGACAGGUGUCUGCAGAAGCCUGCGCUCAGGAAAUGAGAGUGAGGGUCCACCCGGCUGCCCAGAGGCCCAGCCGCCCCAGGGCCCAGGGCCUGCAGCCUGGGAGGGCCUGCCUGGGGCCACCACUCCUGCUCCCACUGCGCGUCCAGGGACACCGCCAGUGCCCACUCAGCCCACACCCGCAGAGACGAGACUGGAGCCGGGUGCCACCCCGAGGAAGCCCUACAUGUGCGAGCAGUGUGGCCGCGGCUUUGACUGGAAGUCAGUGUUCGUCAUCCACCACCGGACACACACGAGUGGGCCAGGCGCGCAGUCCCCAGGGCUAGCCUCUGGGGAAGGCACCGAGAAGCCACCGCAAGGGGAGCUGGCCUUUCCGCGCCACCCCCGACAUUCACUCACAGGCCCCCGGAGCUACCCGUGCGAGGAGUGCGGGUGCAGCUUCAGCUGGAAAUCGCAGCUGGUCAUCCACCGCAAGGGCCACACGGGCCAGCGGCGCCACUUCUGCAGUGACUGUGGCCGCGCCUUCGACUGGAAGUCGCAGCUGGUCAUCCACCGCAAGGGCCACCGGCCGGAGGCUCCAUGAGCAGCCAGACAGCGCAGUCACUCGGGGCCUCGGUGUUCUCGCGGUCUGGAUGCAGCCUCUGGGGCACCAGUAGAAGACUCUGGGGGCAGAAGGGGAUGCCGGAGUGAAUGGGGGUCCUAAGCCAGUUCCCUGUGCCUGGUCUGGUCUCCUCCAAAAGACCUGGGUGCAAGGAAAAGAAGCUGCUCCCUCCCUUCUUGCCCCUGCCUCCUGAAGGGAGGUCUGGGUUCCUUUCUGUGGGUGACCAGUGCCUGUGGGGUGACUGCCAAGCACCAGGCUCCCUCCCUCCCCGUGACAUGGCCCGGGAUGACAACACUCCCUCUCUGGGACCUCCUUGCCUCAGGUGGGUGUUCACAAACUGUGCCUUCCCACUCCUCUGUGCAAAGGCUGGGCCUGAGGUUUCAGUGCGGAGGGCAGAAGACCCAGGAAAGCCCAGUUGGCUUCCGUUUCUCCUGCUCCGUGUGUGUGUGAGAAUUUUAACAUAAAUUCCAUUUUGAUAAUACGGA